AUGUCACAUGCGAAGAAAAAGUUGUCACCUUUUCUAAAACAAUGUUUCGUAACAGGCGCGGUGUGCAGCAACAUAGCCGGCCACGGCUGCAUCCUCGGCUUCCCAGCAGUGCUCCUGCCUCAACUCAAACAGAACGACUCGAUCAUCACGCUGACUGAAGAGGGUGCAUCUUGGAUUGCAUCAGUGCUCGGCAUAACUAUUUUAGUCGGCAACUUUAUAACACCGCCUAUAAUGGAGCAUAUCGGGAGGAAAGCGGCACAUUUCGCUGUAACGCUGCCGAUCAUCGCUGGGUGGCUGGCGACAAUAUUUGCAAAUAGUUUUGAGGCAUUAUUCAUCGGACGAAUCCUGCAAGGGUUGUCGUACGGAAUGAUUUUGCCGUUAGGAUCAGUCCUUGUGGGAGAAUACACCAGCCCGAAGAACCGUGGAGCUUUUCUUAUGACUGUUUCUUUGGCGCAAGCUUUUGGUAUUUUCUUUGUCCACCUCGUUGGAUCACUGCUUAGUUGGCAAAAGACUGGAAUGAUUUGCAUUUCCUUUUCUAUCACAAGUCUUCUAAUGGUGUUAUAUUCUCCUGAAUCGCCAAGUUGGCUAGCUGCAAAAGGAAAAUAUGAUGAGAGCAAGAAAGUCUUUCGUUGGCUAAGAGGUGAUGAAGAGGAAGACGAAUUAGAAGAAAUGAUACAAGCGCAAAUGUUAACAAAAAAAUCUGGAACUGAGAAGAAGAAAAUUACACUGCGUGGCAUCAUAGAAGUAGUUAAAAAGAGAGAGUUUACAAUUCCAAUCAUUCUUAUGUUUCAUGCAAACGCUAUGAUGCAGUUCGCGGGUGGAACGACCAUGGCAGCUUAUUCUACUAUCAUAGUUGGAUUGAUAAUGGGACCUGAAGCCAGCGCACAUUUAUGGAUGGUUAUUUUAGAUGCACAAAGAUUAAUAUCGAAUACUAUAGCGGUGUAUGUGAUAAAUAAAAUUAAAAGAAGAACCAUGAUGUUUCUCACUGGCGGACUCUGCGUCUUUAGUCAUAUAGCAAUAGCCGGAUAUGUCUACGCGAAAAUUCAUGGUGUGCUGCCAUAUGAUUCUUUGUGGAUCCCAGCACUUCUGAUCAAUCUUCAAUUCUUCUCAGUUGCCACGGGAAUGGUGCCUCUGCCCAAUGUCAUUGCUGGCGAAGUCUUCCCUCUAGAAUACAGAGCCUUAGGAGGCAGCAUUAGUGUUGUUUCCGCUGCCGCAUUUAUAUUUGUAACAUUGAAAACAUUUCCAGGUUUAAUAAGCUGUAUAAAUUUACACGGUACAUAUUUAGUUUAUGCUGCUGUACUGACAUAUAACCUGAUAGUAAUAUGGUAUCUGUUACCGGAGACUAAGGAUAGAACUCUACAGCAAAUCGAAGAAAAGUUUAAACGUACAAAAUAUAAAGAUAAAAAUGAUAUAGACGCUGUGGAGGGAUUACAAGUAAGUAAAGCAAAGCUCCCUGAGCAAUUUGAAGAUGACAAACUUAAUGAAAUCGAAAAGCUUUAA